AUGAAGGCCGUUACUCAUCAGUGGCUGGACAGCCUUCGUCCUUCAACCAACGACUCUUCCGAGCAUAUUCUUACCAGCACAUUCUCCGAAUUCGUCAUCUCCGAGAAUAAAGGCCUCGCCAGUCACCCCAACUCCAUUUCCGAUCCGGUCUCUUGGAACAUCAACGCUUCCAAAAACGCUUGGUCUAACAAUCCCAAGCAUUUAGACACUCUGCACCAGCGAAUGGCUGCUCACACUUCCAAAGAUUGCUUCCAGAACCUCGCUAAUACUAAGUCAGCUAACGCAGUUAACACUCCGGCUACUACCACCACUACCGCCCCUACUUCAGCCAAUACUCUUAUCUGCAACCCCAUGGUACGCUAA